GCAGUGAGGGAGUAUAUGUCACUUCCUUUGCUGCCGUGAUCUUGCGUGCGUGUGUUUGUUUACAAUUGAUCCCCAGGCCCCCGCCCCCCAGGUCACAAUGGCGGAUCUGACCUUAGUUGAGGAAGGGUCAAAGCUGGGCUGGCCUGAUUUAGUGGUUAUUUCUUGUUAUUUCGUGUGUGUGUUGGCUGUGGGGGCAUAUUCGUCGUAUAGAAGUCAGCGUGGCAGUGUGUCUGGGUACUUUCUCGCCUCUCGUGACAUGCACUGGCUCCCUGUUGGCGCCUCUCUCUUCGCGAGCAACAUUGGGUCUGGGCACUUUAUUGGUCUAGCGGGCUCUGGGGCAGCCUCCGGUACUGCUGUCAACCUUUACGAGCAGGGGAGUAUCUACACCAUUAUGAUCCUUGGCUGGGUGUUCGUGCCCGUGUACAUGAGUGCGGGAGUCUACACGAUGCCUGAGUACCUGAGGCUGAGGUUCGGCGGCCAGAGAAUCAGGGUAUACCUCUCCUUCCUGGCGCUAAUGCUGUACAUAUUCACGAAAAUCUCGGCUGACCUAUACGCGGGGGCGCUGUUUAUGCAGUUAGCGUUGAACAAGAGCAGUGUAGAGUGGCUGUACCUAAGCAUUCUCUUCCUGCUGGUGGUGGCGGCUGCUUUCACCAUAGCUGGGGGCCUGGCUGCCGUGGUGUGGACUGACUUCGUGCAAACAGCCCUGAUGGUGGUGGGCGCCUUUAUAUUGAUGGGCCUGGCCUUCAAGGAGAUAGGGGGCUUCCAAGCACUAGUGGAGAAGUACCCUUUGGCCGUGGCGAGCGUGCGAGCCUUGGACCUCCAUAACAAAUCUUGCGGUCUACCUCCCUCUGACUAUAUGAACUUCCUAAGGUCCUCAGUCCCCGGAGAGAGCAACUACCCUUGGACUGGCAUGAUAUUUGGCCUCAGGAUUAACUCCCUGUGGUAUUGGUGUACUGAUCAGGUGAUCGUACAGCGAACCCUAGCCAGCAAGAACCUCUCACACGCUAAGGCAGGUUGCAUCGUGGCUGGCUACCUCAAGUUCCUCCCUCUGUGGCUCCUUGUACUGCCGGGGAUGGCCGCUAGAGUGCUGUACCCCGACCGUGUAGCGUGUGCCAGUCCCGAGGAGUGUCUGGCCAUCUGUGGUAGUCCCGGAGGCUGCUCAAAUAUCGCUUACGCUGAGCUGGUUAUCAAUUUGCUUCCUACAGGACUGGCCGGGCUGAUGCUGGCGGUGAUGAUGGCAGCAUUGAUGACGUCACUAACCUCAAUCUUCAAUUCUGCCUCGACCAUCUUCACCCUUGACGUGUGGAUGCUUCUGAGGGGCCGAAUUGGGCCGUGUUUGGGUUGCAAGGGGCAUCCGAGUGACAGAGAGCUGCUGAUUGUGGGCCGUGUUUUUGUUGUUGUCCUUGUUGGCAUCUCCGUUAUCUGGAUUCCUGUUAUUCAGUUCUCCGGAAAUUCUCAGCUGUUUGACUACAUUCAGAGCAUUUCCUCCUUCCUGGCGCCGCCCAUUGCUGCUGUCUUCCUGUUAGCUGUGUUCUGGACCAGAGCUAAUGAGAUGGGCGCCUUCUGGGGGCUAAUGGCUGGUUUGGCUAUUGGGUUGUUAAGAUUCGUUCUACAAUUUGCCUACGUGGUCCCUCCUUGUGGCUCAGGGGAGGCUGACCCAAGACCCUGGUUAAUUCGGCUCCUGGUGGUCAACGUCCAUUACCUCAAUUUCUCAAUGGUGCUGUUCGCUGUGACCGGCCUGGUGACUGUGGCCGGCUCGCUCCUAACUGCCCCUAUACCUGAAGACUGUCUGUACCGCCUUACUUUCUGGUCGAGGAAUGACACAAGGGUGCGCCGCUCCCUCAAAGCACCCCGCCCCCCUUCCCCUGCCACCCACCAGGAGACAGAGAUGGAGAUAAAAGUGGUAAGAGGAGGAGGAGGAGAGGAAGGGAAGACAGAGGAGGAAGACAAGGAGGAGGAGAUGAAGAGGAAGAAGAAGGAAGCAGAGAAGGCAGUGGAGAUUUUGAAGGAGUCACCGUCUUGGAGGAGAAUAGUGAACUGGAAUGCUGCUAUCUGUCUUAUCAUUAGUACUUUUGUGGUCGGUUUCUUUGCCUAACACACACACAAACAUACACACACACACACACACACACACACACACACACACACACACACACACACACUUUCUCUCUCUCUCUCUCUCUCUCUCUCUC